AUGAAUCAUUUCUUUCAGGAUCUGAUCCUUCAUGUUGAAUUAUUUGGUAACCAUCACCUAGGAGUUAUAGGUUUGAGAAUAAAUGAUAUCCUUAAGGUAAAACAAACAGCACCAGAGUAUCCGGGCACAUCAAAAACAGAGUAUCCGGGCACUUUAAAAACAGAGUAUCUGGGCACUUUAAAAACAGAGUAUCCGGUCACUUUAAAAACAGAGUAUCCGGGCACUUUAAGUACAGAGUAUCCGGGCACUUUAAAAACAGAGUAUCCGGGCACUUUAAGUACAGAGUAUCCGGGCACUUCAAAAACAGAGUAUCCAGGCACUUUAAAAACAGAGUAUCCGGACACUUUAAAAACAGAGUAUCCGGGCACUUUAAAAACAGAGUAUCCGGGCACUUUAAAAACAAGUUCAAUAAAAUCCAGUAAAGUCCCCAAGUGGGACAGCG